UGUACUUGCAGAGUUGCAAAUCCAGUAUAUUAUUAUAUAUCUCAAUCAUCUCUCCAUUGACCCACCCACUGAUCUCAGUUUCUUUCUCCAUUUCCAAAUCCAAUCUUUGAAUUCAGUUGAAGUUGAAAACUUUCUUGUUUGAGUAUGGAUGUGUUCUUCAGAGGGCUGUCCAGCUUUUCUGGAAAUGGACUCCACCACCACCACCAACAACAAUUCGAUUCAACCCGAAAUGGUGGUGGAUGCCAAUUCGAUCAAUAUCAUUUGUUCAACACACAUGCUAACAACAAUGGAGGUGGUGAAUCUUCAGAUAACUCUCAGAAUGAUGAUUCUCCAGUUGGAGAAGAUUACUUUGAUGGGGUAUUCAAAUACCUUCAACAGAUGCUAAUGGAAGAAGAAGAUGACUUAUCUGAUAAGCCCUGCAUGUUCCAGGACAUUUUAGCCCUCCAAGCUGCUGAAAAAUCCUUCUAUGAAGCCCUCAAUCCACCACCUCCUCCUGAAAGAAUCCCUCCAGCAACUCCAACACCAGCACCUACAGCAAGUAUUACUACUAACUCUACCGUUUUCGGGAUUCAUUGUUUGAACAGCCCUGCUGAUGAUUUUGCUGAAAUCUGUCCUCCUGUUUUGCAUCAAAUUCAUUCACAAUUACCUCAUUUUUUACCAUAUUGUGGCCCUCCUCCAACUUGUUCUUCUUCUGAUGUUUCUGUUCAUUUUGAUAGUUACCUGAUUGAUGGUCAGCAUCCUAGUUUAAGUUCUAACAAGAAUAGUCCUGUAGUUUGCCUCUCCAAAGCAGUUCCUUCAGGGGAGAGUAAUUCUUCUUCCUCCAAUGAGUCUUCCUGUUCUUCUUCCAGGCAGGAAAACAAUAAGAGCAACAAUCAUUUACAUCGUUCCAGGGAGAACAACGACGAUGAUCCAGGCGAAGAAAAUGGAAGAUGUAGCAAGCAAUUCGCAAGGUGUAAUCAGGAGGAAACUGAUCAAGAAGAACAAAACAGGGAAGGAUAUGACAAUGCGUUGCUUUGCCCGGGCAGGAAUCCUAAUUUCUAUGGCGAAUCAGGAGACGCGCCAGGUGAAUUUUCUUCAGAGAAAGAGGGACUGAAGAAGCCUGAAUAUGUCCCCCCAACGACUGCGAAAAGAGGGAGGCCGAAAGCAGGUUCUAAACGGCAGAACAUCAGGGAAGUUGUUGAUCUCAGGGAUGUCUUAACAAGGUGUGCACAUUCAGCUGCAAAUUUUGAUAAUUAUGGAGCCAAUGAAUUGUUGAAGAAAAUCAGGCAACAUUCUUCGCCUUAUGGAGAUCCAACUGAAAGAUUGGCUCAUUGUUUCGGGAAUGCCCUGGAAGCCCGGAUAACAGGAAUGGGUACAGCUUUGUACACAUCAUUUACAAGUAAAAGAGCAUCAGCUUUUGAUGUACUCAGGGCGUAUCAGGCGUAUUUACGGAUCUGCCCGUUUCAGCGCAUGUCCAACAUUUUUGCUAACAAGAAUAUUGCGAAAACAAUAGGCGAUGCGGCAAGGGUUCACGUAAUUGAUUUUGGUAUUUUGUAUGGUUUUCAGUGGCCAUGUCUGUUACAUGGAAUUUCCCUCAGGCCUGGAGGACCUCCAAAGCUCAAAAUCACUGGAAUUGAUCUCCCACAGCCUGGAUUUCGUCCAGCUGAGCGAAUCGAGGAGACAGGGCGUCGCUUGGCAAGCUACGCGAAGCGGUUUAACGUCCCUUUCGAGUUCCACGCGAUUGCAAAGAGAUGGGAAACUAUAACUGAAGAUGAUCUGAUGAUUGACAGAGAUGGAAACGAAACACUGAUUGUGAAUUGUGUUUACAGGAUGAGAAAUGUCCCUGAUGAAGUUAUAACAACAAUCCAGGGCAACGGGAAUCCAGGUUUGAGUCCCAGGGACUGCGUCCUGAACCUGAUCAGACGCCUGAAUCCAGCCGUUUUUGUACACGGAAUCCUGAAUGGAACUUACAACGCCCCAUUUUUCGAGACUCGAUUCAAGGAGGCCAUGUACCAUUUUUCUUCAUUUUUCGACAUGUUUGAGGCCACGUUGCCGCGGGAAGAUCCCGACAGGAUGAUGUUUGAGAAGGAAGUGAUGGGAAGGGAAGUGAUGAACGUGGUGGCAUGUGAAGGCAGUGAAAGGAUAGAGAGGCCUGAUAGUUACAAGAAGUGGAGUGUGAGGAAUUCCAGGGCUGGAUUUAGGCCAAUGCCGUUGGAUGCUGAGAUCAUGAGGGAAGUGAAAAUCAAGACCAAAAUGGGAUAUCAUAAGGAGUUUUUGGUGGAUGAAUGUAAUAACUGGAUCCUGCAAGGAUGGAAGGGGAGAGUUCACUACGCUCUGUCAUGUUGGAAACCUUCUGAAAACACCAAAUGAUUAGCUUUUAUAUAGCAAUGUGGAGCUGACUUUACGAAUUAUAUGUCAUCAUCGUGUCAUGUCAAGCCUUAGUUCAUUGAUGAUCAUGAUUGAUGUGAUUUACAGAGCUUUUUUUAGCUUUGUUUGCUCUGAGAGCACACACAUAAUAUGUUUAUCAGCAAUUAAUUGUCCGAUCAGGGGGUUUGAUUCUCCUCUUUAAAUGAAGCAAUGUGAAAUAUAUCAGCUGGUUGUUGAUUUUUA